AUGACAUUACCAGUGCUAAUCAUCGGCGCCGGACUAGGAGGCAUCUGUCUCGCCCAAGCCCUGCACAAAAACAAAAUCCCAUACAAACUAUUCGAGCAAGACCAAAAAAGCAACUUCCGAGCUCAGGGCUACAGACUUCGAAUCACCCAAGACGGCGUUGCCGCUCUAGAAGAAGCUCUAACACCCGAGCUCUUCACUCUAUUCGAGAAAACCUGCGCCGACACCGCAAACAUGGGCAUCAGAAUCAAACCAGAUGGAACACCUUCUCCUGCAAAGCCAGGCCACGGACCUCCCCCACAGGCCAUGGUAGAAAGAGUGUAUACGAUCGACCGCAGCACAUUCCGCGAAACGCUCCUAACAAGUCUCGAAGACCAAGUCUUCUUCGGAAAGAGUCUCACCCAUUACGAAGUCCACGACGACAAAAUAACAGCAUUUUUCACCGAUGGGACAUCCGAGGAUGGAGCCCUUCUCGUCGGAGCAGACGGAGUCCGCUCUUGCGUUCGCAAGCAGUACAUACCAAAAUACGCGGGCAUUGACACGGGUAUGCGCAUCAUCUUUGGCAAGACGCCACUGACUCCUGCGUUCCUGGACAAACUCCCCGAGAGCCAUCGUCGGGGGAUGAGCCUUGUGACCGAUCCAGAUGAUGCAUCGCAGCCGACAUUGCUGUUUGAGUCUAUUCACUUCCCUCACGCUGAUGAGGUUUCGUUCCCACUACCCAGUCCCUAUAUGUACUGGUGUCUCCUCGCGCGUGCAUCGACACUCCCGAUUCCAGACGAGAAGUCGUGGCAUAUCAGCCCACAGGACGCGGCGGACCUGAGCCGCGAUCUAACCAAGUCUUGGAUUCCGGCCCUGCAGAGCGUUUUCGAAAUGCAGGAUGAGUCCCAGGCGGCCGUGAAGUCUAUUUUGUCGGCUAUGCCCGAGAUUGCGCCGUGGGAAUCCUCGUCUCGUGUGACCUUGCUGGGGGAUGCUAUCCAUGCUAUGCCGCCCACGGGGGCUAUGGGUGCUAAUACUGCUUUGCGGGACGCGGGUGAUUUGGCGAGGAGGAUUGUUGAGGCCGGUUGUGCUGGAGCUGUUGAUAGAGAUGUUAUUGGGGCAUAUGAAGCUGAUCUAAGAGAGUUUGCUAAGAGGGCGAUUGGGGUUAGUUGGAAGGGUGGGAUGCAAAGCUUUGGGCUGAGGGCCGCGGAGGAAUGUGAGCGGAUUCUGUUUUGA